GCUUGGCAAUACUUAACUUUGAAAGCCCGCCGUUCUCAGAUCUUCCGCGCGCAUUCCAAGUUUCGCGCGUUAGGAGAAUUCUCCGCUACCUAUUAGCUGCAGCAACCGCGUUGCCUGUCCUAUCCGCCAUAGUUAUGUUUCUUACUCGCACCGAGUACGACCGCGGUGUGAACACAUUUUCUCCCGAGGGUAGAUUAUUUCAGGUGGAAUAUGCGAUCGAGGCUACAAAACUCGGUUCUACUGGAAUCGGUAUUAAAACUCCUGAGGGUAUUGUCAUGGCUGUCGAAAAGCGUAUAAACUCUCCGCUUAUCGUUCCCGCAAGCAUCGAGAAAAUCUUUAAAGUGGAUGAACACAUCGCUUGUGCUGUCAGUGGCCUGGUUGCUGAUGCCAGGACUCUUAUUGAACGUGCACGCACAGAGGCAGCCCAUCAUUGGUUUGUAUACAAUGAGAAAAUGUCAGUUGAAGAUGUUACCAAGGCAGUCAGCAACUUGGCUCUCGCUUUCGGAGAUGACGAUGUAGACUCCGGGGUCAUGAGUCGUCCGUUCGGUGCUGCUCUCAUAUUUGCUGGUAUCGAUGAAAAUGGUCCGCAGUUAAUUCACAUGGAUCCCAGUGGGACAUAUAUACGGUAUGAUGCAAAGGCCAUCGGUUCCGGCUCCGAGGGCGCUCAACAGGCCUUGCAAGAAAUUUAUCACAAAAACAUGACUCUUCCUGAAGCAUGCAAACACGCGCUAUCUAUAUUGAAACAAGUAAUGGAAGAGAAAUUGGACUCAACUAAUAUUGAACUGGCCACCGUAAGCCUACAAGAUGGAUUCCACUUGUUCAACAAAGAUGAAGUUCAAAAUAUCAUUCAAGAAUUGAACUAGUCCUAUACAGCUAUUCCUGUCGGAAAUUUGACUUUCUAAUAAAAAUGUAUCGCUAUGAUUCCAGAA